UACUUUGCAGUCAUUCCCAAUGGUAUAUGCAUUCCUUAUUUCAAUGAACCAAGAAAGCUACCAAGCCCUUCUGAAUGCAAUCCGUAAUUUGCUGCCAUUAGAUUACGGACAACUGUGUAUCAUAACAGAUUUUGAAAUGCCACUAAUGAAUGCAGUUCAAACUGUAAUGCCUGAAACUAAAUUGAUGGGUUGUUGGUUUCACUUUUGCCAGGCAGUCAUAAGAUACAGCAAACGGAGAUUGAACAGUGUGUACCAUCUUUUUCAAAGUAGCCCGAUUGCAGCCAGAGUUUUAAGAAUGGUAUUAGCUCUACCACAUUUACCUGCACACAGAGGCCAUCCGGAUUGUCCUCAACAUGACAUUAAUGAUGGUUUUAGGGCUAUCGUUAAUUAUGUUCAACAGUUUCCUGACAUUGAGGAACAUUUGAGAACUUUCCUCAUUGGAUACAUUGAAGGAUACUGGUUAUCUCAAGUUGGACCAAGGAUUUUGAGCAUUUUUGGAUGCGAAUACAGGACCAAUAAUUAUUUGGAAUCGUUUCACUCCACUUUAUUGACACAAAUGUCAAAACACCCUAAUAUAUGGGAUUUCAUCCGUGAGGUUUUCCUAUUAAUAUUAUUUUUCUAUAAUUCUAAUAUAUAGGUUUCAUUAUAUUAUAAAGGUGUAUUAAUUCUUCCUCUACAUAAUAAAUAUCUAUCAUUUGUGUUUGAUCAUUGGUAUAUUUUGCUUAUUAUAGAGAAAUUGACACUGAUUGAAAAUCAAUGUUUUGUAGAACUACACCAAGCACGACAAAAUUAUACGGUACUUUAUUCUAAAUUUAGUAUUUAAUAAAUAUAUAAUGUAAUAUUAGUAAUUAUUGUUACAACUAAUAAGUAAUAACAAUCCUAGGCAUA